CCCAGACCACGAUACUUGUGCAUAAUAUAGUUCAUAAUAAUAUUAUGUAGGUACCUGCCUUACGGUUUACACCGCCGCAGCCGUCCGUCGAGAGCGGUCCGUGUACGCGAGUCUGUCGGCUUGCCAAAUUUUUCGACCGCGCUCGAGAGCCAGAAAAAAAAUCCACACCGACCGAAUUGAUCGGGGCAAUUGACGAUCGCCGUACAAAUUUCAACGACGACGAUAAUAUUAAAACACUCAUAAUAAUUAUAAUAAUUAUUAUAAUAUUACACUUCGCGGUUUGUCGUUUCCCACAUUCCGAUUUUACUCUCGAGCGCGCGAGCUUUGAUAAUAAUUAUAAAUAUAGUUUGCGAAAUCAUAAUUUAUCGCAAUCGCGUGGCAGCGGAAAAUUGAAGGAAAAAUUGCCCGCGGUUUCUGUUUUUCGAACUCAGUACGUCGUCGUCCGUCGUCGGGACCGCUCGGAACAGCUCUCGUAAAGUUUUUAUUACGCCAGCCGAAGAUUGCCGUGACCAAACGUCUCUCGAUCUACGGAUAUAAUAUUAUAGACCUGCGAUGGAUUAUUCUAAAAAAGUUGGAAAUAACAACAUAUCACUCUCUGACGAAGUCUUAGAAGUUCUCGAGUCUCAAUUUAAUAAAGUCAAAACUCUUCAUUCUACAGAUUUAGAGAUUAUUGCAGCCGAGUUGGGUGUUAGAGAUAAUGAUGUUAAGAUGUGGUAUACUCAUCGUCUGGCGGCAUGGAGAAGGAGCCAAGGACUUUCAGAUUGUUUUGGGCAAUUGUGAAUUUAAAACACACUAACUAAAAAUUAUAAUAAUUACUAUAUUGUUUAAGUCGAUGUUUGUUAUGCAUGUAUUAUUACAGUGAUUUUACUAUUUUGGUAAAGUUAUAUAUCA